AUGGGUGCCCAGGUGCACCCCCACCUAGGGGUCUGCCUCUGGCUGUGGCUGGGUGUCACCCUGGGACUUGGCCCAGAACAAGCAAACGGCCACCUGCAGCUAGCUGUGCUGCCCGAGGACCAGCUGCAGAUAAAGUGGACGGAGUCGCAGGGGCGUGGCCUUGGCUACCUGGUGCAGGUGAAGCCCGUGGCAGGGGACGUGGAGCAGGAGGUGAUGCUGACCACCAAGACCCCCAAGGCCACAGUCGGGGGCCUGAGCCCCUCCAAGGGGUACACCUUGCAGAUCUUUGAGCUCACCGGCUCAGGGAACGUCCUGCUGGCUCAGAGGGAGUUUGUGAUCGAGGAUUUGAGGAGUCACUCUGUGAGCAGGAGCAGCUGGAGGCCCCUGGGGGCAGCUCUGGAGCCCACACCUUCCCACACGGGGAGCCCAGACCCUGACCCCCCAGUCAUCUUGGCCCCAAGCCAAGACCCGCCCACUCUGGCUGGCCUCCAGUUCCAUUGCAUGCCCCCCACACCCGCCGACAUGAUCUUCCUAGUGGACGGGUCUUGGAGUAUUGGCCACAGUCACUUCCAGCAGGUCAAAGACUUCCUGGCCAGCAUCAUCGAGCCCUUUGAAAUUGGGCCGGAUAAAGUCCAAGUAGGCCUGACCCAGUACAGUGGAGACCCCAAGACCGAGUGGGACCUGAACACCUUCAGCACCAAGGAGGAGGUGUUGGCAGCCGUGCACAGCCUCCAUUACAGAGGGGGAAACACGUUCACAGGCCUGGCCCUGACCCACGUGUUAGAGCAGAACCUGAAGCCUGCAGCAGGUCCCCGUCCAGAGGCAGCCAAGGUGGUGAUUCUAGUGACGGAUGGCAAGUCCCAGGACGAUGCCCGUGCUGCUGGCCGCAUCCUCAAGAGCCUGGAUGUCGACAUCUUUGCUGUGGGUGUGAAGAAUGCUGAUGAGGCUGAGCUGAGGCUCCUGGCGUCCCCGCCGCUGGACAUCACCGUCCACAGCGUGCAGGACUUCCCCCAGCUCAGCACACUGGCCGGCCUGCUCAGCCGCCUCGUUUGCCAGCAGGUCCAGAGCAGGAGCCCACGACCGGGCCCAGCAGCCACUCCAGCCCUGGACCCCCUCUCCGCUCCCACCAGCCUCGUCCUGACCCAGGUGACCUCCUCCAGCGUCCACCUGUCCUGGACUCCAGCCCUGCAGCGGCCGCUCAAGUACCUGGUGGUGUGGCGGCCUUCUAGGGGUGGGGCCCGCCGGGAGGUGGAGGUGGACGGGCCCAGCACGUCCAUGGAGCUGCAUGGCCUGACCUCCGGCACAGAGUACCUGCUGUCUGUGUUCCCCAUGUACGAGGCGGGGGUGGGUGAGGGCCUGCGGGGCCUGGUGACCACAGUGCCUCUGCCUCCGCCCCAGGCACUCGCCCUGGCCACAGUGACUCCCAGGACCAUCCGCCUCACCUGGCAACCCUCAGCAGGGGCCACCCAGUACCUGGUGCGGUACUCGCUGGCCUCCCCCCAGGGCAAGGAGGAGGGCAGAGAGGUGCGGGUUGGGCAGCCAGAGGUGCUGCUGGGUAGCCUGGAGCCGGGCAGGGACUACGACAUCUGGGUGCAGAGCCUGCAAGGUGCACAGGCCAGUGAGGCUCGGGGCAUCCACGCCAGGACCCCUCCCCUGGCUCCCCCCAGACCCCUGAUCUUCUCAGACGUGAGCCAUGACUCAGCCCGUGUGUCCUGGAAGGGCACCCUGAGGCCGGUGCAGCUGUUCAGGGUCAGCUACUUGUCCAGCAAGGGCAGCCACUCGGGGCAGAUGGAGGCUCCUGGCAAUGCCACCUCAGUCACUCUGGGCCCUCUCUCCUCCUCCACCACCUACACCAUCCGUGUCACCCGCCUCUACCCUGGGGGCGGCUCCUCCACCACGACUGGCCGCCUGACGACACGGAAAGUCCCCAGCCCGAGCCAGCUGUCCGUGACAGAGCUCCCUGGGGGUGAGGUCCAGCUGGCGUGGGCGGCUGCAGCGGCGUCCGGUGUGCUGGUCUACCAGAUCAAGUGGACACCUCUGGGGGAUGGGAAGGCCCAUGAGAUCUCCGUCCCAGGGAGCCUGCGCACAGCCGUCCUUCCCGGCCUGGGAGCGCACUUGGAGCACGAGAUCACCAUCCUGGCCUACUUCAGGGACGGGGCCCACAGCGACCCCGUGUCCUUCCACUACAGCCCCCGUACAGUCAGCCGGAGCCCACCCUCCAACCUGACCUUGACUUCUGAGUCACCAAACAGCCUACUGGUCAGCUGGACGCCCCCCACUGGCCACGUCCUCCACUACCGGCUCACGUACACGCUGGCCUUGGGCUCUGGACCAGAGAAAUCAGUCUCUGUUCCAGGACCCAGGAGCCAUGUGAUGCUCCCUGGCCUGCUGGCAGCCACCAAGUACCGAGUCCUGGUCUCAGCGGUGUAUGGAGCAGGGGAGAGUAUGGCAGUGACUGCCACAGGCCGAACGGCCUGCCCAGCCCUCCGCCCAGAUGGCUCCCUUGCAGGCUUUGACCUCAUGGCGGCCUUCGGGCUUGUGGAGAGGGAGUACGCCUCCAUCCGCGGUGUGGCCAUGGAGCCCUCUGCGUUUGGCUCGACCAGGACCUUCACACUCUUCAGGGAUGCUCAGCUGACACGCCGAGCCAGCGACAUCCACCUGGCCGCCCUCCCGCCUGAACACACAGUCGUCUUCCUCCUGCGCCUCCUCCCCGACACGCCCCGCGAGGCCUUUGCGCUGUGGCAGAUGACGACUGAGGACUUCCAACCUGCCCUCGGGGUCCUGCUGGACGCAGGCAGAAAGUCCCUGACCUACUUCAGCCACGACCCCAGGGCGGCCUUGCAGGAGGUGACCUUUGACCUGCCCGAAGUGAGAAGGAUAUUCUUCGGGAGCUUCCACAAGGUGCACGUGGCCGUGGGACACUCCAAGGUCCGGCUCUACGUGGACUGUAGGAAGGUGGCCGAGAGGCCCAUCGGGGAGGCGGGCAGCCCUCCUGCCGCCGGCUUCAUCACGCUGGGGAGGCUGGCCAAGGCCCGGGGCCCCCGGAGCAGCUCGGCUGCGCUCCAGCUGCAGAUACUGCAGAUCGUGUGCAGUGACACCUGGGCAGAGGAGGACAGGUGCUGCGAGCUCCCUGCGUUGAAGGAUGGGGAGACCUGCCCUGCCUUCCCUCCCGCCUGCACCUGCUCCUCGCAGACACCUGGGCCCCCGGGACCCCGAGGGCCUCCAGGCCUCCCUGGCAGGAAUGGAGCCUCAGGACAGCAGGGCUUCCCAGGGCCCAGGGGUCCUCCAGGGGUCAAAGGAGAGAAGGGGGACCAUGGACUCCCGGGCCUGCAGGGUUACCCCGGCCACCAGGGCGACCCCGGGGAGGCUGGCCUCCAGGGUCCAAAGGGCAUGAGAGGCCUGGAGGGCACCACUGGCCUGCCCGGACCCCCUGGACCUAGGGGCUACCCAGGCAUGGUGGGAGCCAGGGGGACCAGUGGGGAGCGAGGACCCCCAGGGACUGUGGGGCCCACGGGUCUGCCUGGGCCCAAGGGGGAGCGAGGAGAGAAGGGCGAGCCACCGUCCUUGGCCGCCAUCUACCAGCUGGUGAGCCAGGCCUCGCAUGUGCUGAAGUUUGACUCCUUCUUCCACAAGAGUACCAGGCCCCCCAUGCCCAUCUUGGAGGCCCCUGGGCCCCUGGUCACACCCAGUGAGGCCCGGCUCCCUGGAGAAGGGGGAAAUGGUGGCUUCCACCCUGAAGACAGAGGUGCGCCCGCAGCCCUGGCUCAGGUGGGCAGCCCUCAGCCACACGGGAGCAAGAUUCCAGGAUCCUUGGAAGGAGCAGGGGAGUCCGGCCCGGGGAGAGGAGGCCCUUCUCCCUGCCGCCUGGAGUGACCAGCUCCUCUUCCCUGGAGUCUCAGAGGGGCCGGCGUGUGCGAGGAGCUGGAGGCGGCGCAUGGCGGCGAGGUGGCACCCCUUCUCUGUACCGUUCCCUCCGCCAC